UGAAAAGUGAAAACAGAAAAACAGAUGAUCGCGUGUACUAUAAUAAUUUACUCAUCGAGUGUUUUCCACUAUCAAAUUAAUUCAUAGAAUUUAAAUGCCAUGAUUCGAGAAGACGAUCCUCAGUUUCGAAUAACUCCGUUCCAACAGAUGGCAUCAGCAUGUUCUGGUGCCCUAAUAACCUCUUUAUUCAUGACGCCAUUAGAUGUUGUGAAAAUCAGACUUCAAGCACAACAAAAGGCUUUGAUGUCAAACAAAUGUUAUUUAUAUUGUAAUGGCUUGAUGGAACACCUGUGCCCUUGUGGCGAAUCUGCUUGGAUACCCAGACGAGUACAUUUUCAUGGAACAAUGGAUGCAUUCUACAAGAUAGCAAAGUUAGAAGGGAUCCCAGCUCUAUGGUCGGGACUGAGUCCCACCCUUGUUUUGGCUCUACCAUGUACUGUUAUAUACUUUGUAUCCUACGAACAACUUAGGUAUAGAAUGAAAACUUCUUAUAACAACAUGACUGGCAAAUCGGGACAACCAAUGUGGAUACCCUUAACAGCUGGUGCUACAGCAAGAACAAUAGCAGUGACUAUUGUCAGCCCUUUAGAAUUAAUUAGAACAAAAAUGCAAUCCAAGAAACUGACAUAUUCAGGUAAAAUUGAUUUUGCAUUACGACGGGUCUUAAAGUACGAGGGAUAUAGAGGUUUAUUCAGAGGAUUAGGUUCAACAUUGCUCAGAGAUGUGCCAUUCUCAGGAAUAUAUUGGACCACAUUUGAAUCUACUAAGAGUUUCUUCAAUAAACCAGAUUCUGAAAAGAAUUCGUUUCUAUUUAAUUUUUUCUGUGGAUCUGUGGCAGGCAGUAUUGCUGCAUUUGUAACUCUACCCUUUGACGUCGUUAAAACACAUCAACAAAUAGAAUUAGGCGAAAAAGAAAUUUACACAGAUGGCAGAGGUCAUCAGAGAGCGUCAAAUAUGAAAGAUAUAGCUAGAAAUAUUUAUAAUAAUCAUGGCAUAAGAGGCUUGUUCACCGGCUUCUUGCCACGAAUAUUCAAAGUGGCGCCAGCGUGUGCCAUAAUGAUCGCAACAUUCGAAUACGGAAAACAAUUUUUCCGGAAAUACAACACUCAGAAAUAUAAGGAAAAAAUGCAAAGCCGUGGUAUUGAUAUUGAAAUAAUCAAAAGCGAUUAACUGUUAUAAAGUGUUUUCAUGAUCUUAUUAGGCAUCAAGAAAUACUUCUUGUGGGUCAGGCAUCAAGUAAUCAGGAGUACACAUCCUUGUAGAAACUAAUAA